CUCCCUCUCUCUGAUCUAAAAAUCCUGACAACUGAAACUUAAAGGUGUUUACCUUGUCAUCAGCAUGUAAGCUAAUUAUCUCGGGCAAGAUGUAGGCUUCUAUUGUCUUGUUGCUUUAGCGCUUAUGCCCCGCCUCUGGUGGCUGCCUAAAACCUGGCGCCGGGCUAAAACAAACGGGAGGCAGCCCCCGAGCCUCCACUCAAGCCAAUUAAGGCGGACUCGGUCCACUCCGUUACGUGUGCAUCCAACAAGAUCGGCAUUAAGCCGCCGCCGAAUCAUGUCGAUGAGUCCAAAGCACACGACUCCGUUCUCAGUGUCUGACAUCUUGAGUCCCCUGGAGGAAAGCUACAAGAAAGUGGGCAUGGAGGGCGGCGGCCUCGGGGCUCCGCUGGCGGCGUACAGGCAGGUCUCCCGCUUCAUGGGCCCGGCGAGCGGCAUGAAUAUGAGCGGCAUGGGCGGCCUGGGGUCCCUGGGGGACGUGAGCAAGAACAUGGCCCCACUGCCAAGCGCGCCGCGCAGGAAGCGCCGGGUGCUCUUCUCCCAGGCGCAGGUGUACGAGCUGGAGCGACGCUUCAAGCAACAGAAGUAUCUGUCGGCGCCGGAGCGCGAGCACCUGGCCAGCAUGAUCCACCUGACACCCACGCAGGUCAAAAUCUGGUUCCAGAACCACCGCUACAAAAUGAAGCGCCAGGCCAAGGACAAGGCGGCUCAGCAACAACAUAGAAAGAACAGCUGUGGGGGUGGUGGCAGCAAUGGAAGGAGCGGCUGCGGACAGAAAGAAAAAUCAGAACUUUGGAUGGUCUUUUCCCUGCUACUCCCCAAAACCUACAAACACAAGCCUGGAAGCCGUGGGGCCGGCGGAGCAGGCCUUCGGCCCUCGGGCUACCCCUUCCCCGCUGUGCCUGCGAGUCACAGUUACGCUGUGCUGAGUGGUAGUCUAAACUUUGUCGCCCCUGUGCUGGGUGGACUUUCUAUCAAACACAUUCUCCUUCCACCGCCGGCUCAGUUUGAAGUCUGUUUACUUGUCCCGGGAAAAGGUGAAUUCGGGCUCGGGUCUGAGGAUGGGACUGAGAUAAACAGGGCCUUGGCCUUUUCUCCCAUCAAUCACUUGGAGUCCACCACACCAGCUCCAGGCUGGGGAACUUGUCGCAGCUUGGGGAAGCAGCCCGUAGGCCGCGGUCAGAAGCGUCUUUUAGAUAAACACCAGGGUGCUCAUCUCGCAGCUUGGGGACACCCUCUGCCCACAGAGCCCCAGCAGCCUCUGGGAAGCCAGUGCUGUCCUUUCCUGGCGUCCCUUAUCUUAGAUCUCCAUCGACCCCCAGCCCUGGUCUAUUCUGGCUCCUCUGGAGGAGAAAUCAGCAUUCUGGAUGUUCCAGUCGCUCAGGGGCUGGAAGAGCAGAACCCUUCCUCACAUGAGCGGGCAGAACCGUUCAUCCUGCGAUCCCGAGAAACUUUGCCCCCUCCAAAGUAG